AUGAUUGAAUCGAUUGUUCAAGGACGUUUAAAAAUGCUUAAAUUUGAUUUAAAACAAUUAAAAGAUUUAUAUGAAACAGUUUUAUUCGAACAACAUGCUUAUGUUAUUAAACCAUUAAUCAAAAAUCCUGGUAAAUGUUUAUUAACAAAUCAAUGUUGUUGUUUUCAAGCAUUAAAUAAUAUAAAUGAACAAUCAAUUGAUACAUAUGAUCUGACUACAUUAUUUAAAAUAACUAAAAGACGAUAUAAAUUUUGUUAUAUUGGUUGGGAACUACAAUUUAAAUUAGCAGAUCAACAACAAGAAUAUCCAGAAUUACGUUUAUUUAAUGCAUUAUCAAAUAUUGAUUUACAAAUUAAAGAAGAAUGUUUAACAUUAGAAGACCAAUUACGUUUUGAAUUAAUUUGUCAAUUAUUUGAUAAACAAUAUGUUUUAUUACAAUCAUUAUCAGUUUUAUCGAAUUUAAAUGAAAUACUUGAUUUUGUACAAAAACAAUAUUAUGAACAAUUAUAUCGUAUUGUGUUACGUACAACCCAACAUAUUAUUGAUAAUAAUUUAGCAUUAUCAAAUAGAUCAAAUAAAAAUUUAGUUUUUAAUGAUACGGAUUGUUUAAGAGAUUUGUUUGAAACAUCUUAUGAACAAAUUAAAAUUGUUGCUAAAAAUACAGAUCUAAAACAACAUGAUGUUAAAUCACAAGAUCAUACAUCCAUUCUAAGUGAAAUUCAAUUUGAAAUUCCUUAUUUAUUUUCUAUUGAAAUUGUUUGGUCAACUAUUCAACAAAUACUUAGUGGAGUUUUAAGUGAAUAUAUUGAUUAUGAUAAUACAAUUGAUACUUUAUUAUCUAAUUCUUCAUCAACAUUGAAGUUAAACCACAAUGGUGAUGCAAAAUAA